CCAAACUCAUUCUACAACCAGACAGCAUACAGUCAACAUCAAACAAAUUAAACUGAAAAACGAAAAACAUACAAACAACAAAUUCUGUUUACAAAAAUGCUUAAAGAAGGUGUUUGGAAACGUUCAAAGCCCAUUGUCGCCAAGGAUCACAUCGGAGCGAUUCUCCCAGCGACUGUCCGGCCGGAUCCCAUUCCCGAGAACUGCGACGACGAGCCUCCGUGCAUGGGUUACAUCCUCGGAUGGGAGUACGGCCGCAAAUGGCUCGAGCGUCGGGACUACAUCAAGCGUCACCAGGCGGUGAUAAAAUCGAUGGUCCUAAUAGUACCGGACUUCGCCUGGUGGGUGAACAAGCGCCGUCCCCUCUACGCGCGCAAGCAGCGCUUCCGUCCCAAGCCCAAGCCGAAGUCCGGACAGUGGCAACCGAUGACCGCCUUUGCAGAGGGCAAGCAGCGUCGUGAGGCCCAGGAACGCCAUAUUCGGGAGUACCGCGAUAAGUCUAACAUUAAAAGCCUGUAGCGGGACAUUUCAAGCGACAUUUUCAAGGACCUAUUGCGGAUCCACAGUUAAACACAGCACACUUAAAGGGCACACCA